AUGUCUGCGACGAAUCCGUGGAGGGUUAGCAUGCACGUGGCAGACUUGCGCCCGGUAACGCUUGUCAUACUCGCAUGGUCGUGUCUUUUCAGCUGGUUCUCUGUUAUGUCCUACUGGUACAGAGGCCCAGAUUACUCUAUCCCGCCAGAGUCUGGCUGGGAAGACAGUGAAGGGCGUCUACCCGGUAUAAGUUGGGAAGCACCGGCACCACGUCUUCACUUGAGGGACAUAAGAGAUGAAACGGCUGAUAGGCCGACCCCACAUCGACUCUCUUCUUCUGCAAUGCCUUACUUACUGAUCCCUCCUGAUGACGAAGUUCCGGAGAUGAGAGAGCGAACCUUAGACGUGGAAGCAGACGACGGCGGUCGAGAUGAAGAUAUACCCUUUGAGUCGCAGCCCAUCGCGUCACAGCAGCCCCAGGCCGUUCAUAGAAUGUCUGUUGUAUGGCAUAAAGCUUCAAAUGUUAUUGCAGUGAUGACACUUUUUGCCACGAUCGGCGUCACCGUCUUUGCUCUCUCCCUGACUGCCGCAGGAGCGGCAGCCCAACACCCAAUUCUUAGAACAAUCGCGACUGUCUUCAGUGCUGCUGGCACGAUGAUCUCAAUUGUCGGCAUUGUGCGCGUGUUCAUAUCUUCUGCAAGUCACCAACACACCUGCACGAGCAAUGGACGAAGGUGCACGCUGCACUAUAUGUACCCCGCCCUCAUGUAUGCGAGUAUAGGCGCCGACGUAGCGGGGAUAGGAUGCAUAUUGGCCGCGACCCGGCCUUGGUCACCUCAUCUCGACAGCUGA